GAAGUGAAUAAUAAAAUAAGAAUAAAUAAAUAUUUGCAAGUUUGGAUUUUAAUACUUGAAACUCUCAUAGAUGAUGUUAAAAUACAUGUCUUGAUUCAAGUUAUAAAAUCUUCAACCCUUUCUAUCUGAGUAGCCUCCAUGGUCUCCAUCUCUCUUGUUUCCCCUUAGUGAAUCGCAAAUCAGUAUUGAACGGGAAUACAGUAUAUAUUAUUUUCUUAAAUUCCCGAAGAUGGAAUCUGGGUCAAUAUAAAAGACACAAGCUAAAACAUUAUCCAAAUCAACCUUUUUUUAUGUCUUUUUUUCUUCCAAAUUAUUAAUGGUUGUGUACAAGCCUUUAGAUUCCAAGCUUGCUCCCAGUCAGCUGAUGACUACACGUUUUUAUCAUAUAAUUUUCACCCGUUUGUAUCGAAAAUAAUCAAGAAAUAUUACUCUAGUCAAAAAUUGUGGGAUUUUGUUGACAUAAGAUAUUAUGGAUGAUAACAAUUUUAAAAACGAUUCUUCAAAUGUUGCUAUUAUUCGAGAGGUAUAUGACGGCGCAAACGCACAUGAAACAUUCGAGUAUGAAUUGGAGAGAGCACUGGAAGCAAAGUGUAAUUUAAUUGUCAUUGAACCUUCAAAAUUAGGCGAUGAAACAUCAAGAUGGAUUACAGUUGGAAACUGCUUGCACAAAACAGCAUCACUUUCAGGGCUAACAGCUAUUGUUACUGGUGCACUUUGGGGUAAUAAACCUUACCUCUGCAGUACCUUCGGGAUAACGGCCUUUAUAACAUGUGGUCUUUACACUGUGUCCUGGCAGUUUGAUCCUUGCUGCCAGUACCAAGUAGAAACUGACACCAGUAAAUUACCUCAUGUAGAGUUGCUGGCAAUUCUCGGACCUUGUUCACCAACAUUUCUCGUACGAAAAGACGAUAAACGUCGACGAAUUCUUCAUGGGACCAUUACAGUCGCCGCUAUUAGUAUCUGUGCAUGGAGAUUAUAUCAAGCAUUUAAAUAAAAUGGGUGAUAUGUUUAAAAUAGUUGUUUCACGUUAUAAUGUAAAUAUUAAAAGAUAAUUCAAUUCUUCUUCAUUAACAUUA